AUGUGUGAUUGUUAUUUACUAAAGAAUCAUAACUUACUAAAACCUACAAAACGUGCAAAAAGGCUUCCAUCAACAUCUUCUGAAUCAAGUGAUCUCCCUGUUGAUGAAGAAAUUGUACCCGAUAAACGUAUUUUGUCAAUAAAAUCUAAUAGAACACAAAAUUCACAAGUAACUAUUCUCUCCGAUAUUAAAGUUAAUUAUAACCGAGAAACAUUGCAAAAUCUAAUAGGAUCUUCAAAAUCUUAUAACAUAGCUACAAAUGAUAUACGAAAAGAUUUUAAGGAGCUGAUCACGCCAGAUGAAUUAUUACCUUCUGUUUCUAAUACCGACGGUAAAAUAGGUGUCUUAAAGAAAACUCAAGACAAACGUCUUAAUAAUUUCUUUUUUCAUUUAUCUGAUGAUAGUGAAGAUAGUUUCUAA